GAAUUACACGCUCCUGGUGUUGUACUCCUUGGAGAGCUGUGCUCGAGCUUUUGCCGAGCGAGAGCAGUUCCUAUGCAACGUCUGGAACGUGACAGACCUGAUGACCGUCCUUUUGGGCUGGGUGAGUGUGCUACUCAACAAAAUUAUCAAUAUUAGUCCCAACCUUUUGAGACUUGCGCGCCUGGUGCGUGUCUUAAGAGCGGCUCGUGUUUUCAUCUCCGUCCCGGAGUUCUACUUGCUGGUCUCAGGGCUUUACUCCUCGAUGAAGGCUAUCGUUUUUGGCUCCUGCAUGCUGCUGUCGGCCAUUGUUGUCUGGGCUAUCAUUGCAGUGGAAGUCCUUCAUCCCGUGGCUGCAUCUCAGAUGACCUUCGAGGACACUGAAUGCCAGGGUCUGGACUGUAAGAUGCGCUUCAAGAGCGUCUAUUCUGCAGGCUUGACAUUGUUCCAGCAGAUUGUGGCCGGAGAUUCUUGGGGCGAGAUCUCAAUCCCGAUGCUCGAGCAACAUCCUUGGACAUCCGUCGUCCUGUUCCCUAUCAUGGUAUCCAUCUCGCUGGGAGUCAUGAACCUUAUCCUGGCUGUGAUUGUGGAGCGCGCCACCGAAGCCAGGGAGAACGAUCAGGACAGGAAGCUCAAAAAGAAGGAGCACGAGCGUUCACAAAACAUGAUCAACUUUGCAUUGCUUUGCAAUGAAAUGGACGCAGACAACAGUGGGUCCCUUUCGCUGGAAGAGAUGCUGAAGGGCUACGACGACAUCGACGCAUUCUGCAAGCUUAUGCAAGUGAUGGAUAUCCGGCGCGAGGAUAUGGAGACCAUAUUCCAUGUUCUGGACACAGACCUCUCCGGGGAGGUGUCCUAUUUCGAGUUUUGCCAGCAUCUUUCCGGCUUUUUUGAGCGCGACCCGGCCAUAAUGCAGUCGCUCAUCAAGUACUCAGUCAUGGAGGUUCGAAAGCUGAUGGACCACGACGUGAUUGCAACUCUGCGGCGCCACACCGACAUGCUGGACCAGCAGACGCGGCUGCUGGAGGCAAUGGUGCCCACUUUUGCAAGGAUGCAAGAAAUGGAUCGCAGCAGGCAGGUGUCACCAGAAGCGUCACAGAAACCUGAGGAACCUUGGUCCCUUGAUUUUUGGCGAAGUCGGCCUUUAAAGAGUGAAAAGUAUGAGAAGCCGUCGGUUUCGCCGGCGCUGAACAGCAGCCCCAUGGAGACCUUUGGGUCCAUCCAGCAGCAGCUCCAGCCUGUGCUUGCCAGGGCGGAAGCACUGGUCCUGGAGGCUCUGGAUCGCCGCGAUGAACAAGUCUUGUGCCUAGCUCAAUCGAAGGAGGUUGCUCCACUGGAAGAGAAUAUCGACCAGAAAGCAGCGGAAAGAACACCAAGCACCGACAGCCUUCUGGGGAACCAGUUUGUGGUUCUCUGCAACAGUUUUCAGCACCGGUUGCAAGAGAUAGAAAACCUGGAGCAGCGAUGUAGGGACAUUGUCCAAUAUCUCAAGUCUGCCCAAGACCAGGAGGGCAAUGGAGGAUGUUUCACUGCAGCGCAGUUUGUCCACCAAGAGGAGUUCACCUAUGUUUCCGCAAUUCACGCCAAAGAAAAAGGUUUCCUGCGUCAACAGUACUGCUUUGCAGUGCACACCUACGCAUAUGCAGUGCGUUUUGCAGGGGUGCCUAAGAAGGUGGCUGAGAAGAGUUUCGAGCGCUUGGAGGCAAUGGCAUAUUUGUGGGAGUCCACAAUGAAGGGGGGAGUGGAUUACUUCCACAUGCAGGCAGCACCCGCCAAGUUCUGUUGGAGUACAGAUGACGCAUCGAAGCUUACGCGUGGUGCCGUGCACCCAGUGCCCCUAGGUUUCGACAUGGGCCAAGCUGCGACGGUGCACUGCCGAACAGACUGCCGCGCGCCACCGCGCUGUGAGGGUGUUGUGCAGGACUGCAUACAAGAUCUCAAUCCAAAUAUAGCGGCGCCGUCGUUGGAGAGCAAGCUCUUGCGUGCAGCAAGGGAAGGGAAUCUGGAGGUGGUGACCGAACAGAUCAGCUUGGGAGCUGAUGUGAAUUCGCGGCAGCCACUGAAGCUGAUCACGUUGGACAGAUAUCAUUCUGGAGAACCUGUCCGCAAUUGUGGCAUGACUCCGCUGAUGUAUGCUGCCAACACUGGGCGUGCCAAAGUCAUCAGAGCCUUGCUGCUGGCGAGAGCGCGGGUGAACGACACCGACGAGCGUGGAGUGUCGGCUUUGCACUUGGCAGCUGCUUCGGGUGAUAUCAGCACAUUCCAGGUUUUGCUGGAGAACUAUGCUCUUCCGACCACCACAGAAGAAGGAGACACGGUCCUCGACUAUUUGCCGCAGGAGGUCCGGAAUGACGCUUCACUGCUGAAAAAGUUUCAGGCGUCUCUGCCUGCCACGGGGGAUGAGGAGGAGGCUGACAUUGCAAGCGAGGCGAAGAAAAGCAAGGGCCGCACAAGAUACUGA